CGGAGUUAGUUAAGAUCGUUAAAACUAGAAGACCAAGUCACGCCGAAGAGAAAAUAUAUUUGCUUUAAAGCCCAAAUAACAAACACUGAAGGUAAAUACGGGCGCAGGAGCUCAAAGUGUGGAUAUAUUGCAGCCCAAAUUAAGGUCCGUGUGUGUAAGUCUCUGUAUCUCUGCAAUGUUCUCCUGCCGCUCUCUCCUGCUUCUGCUGCUCAGUGUCUGCAGCCUGACUGCUCCCUCACUGGCUCUGCCCUUUGAGCAGAGAGGAUUCUGGGACUUUGCUAUGGAUGGAGAAGUGGGAGAUCUGACAACGGUAAUGAUGAGAGAUGAAGAGGGUUCAGCUGUAGAGGAGCUGCCACCAGAUGUGUCCUUAUGCCCCUUUGGAUGCCAUUGUCAGCUCAAUGUGGUGCAAUGCUCAGACCUAAGUUUGACUGCAGUGCCCAAGGAAAUUCCCAGAGACACCAAACUCCUCGACCUACAGAACAACCGCAUCACAGAACUGAAGGAGAAUGACUUCAAAGGACUUACAAACCUCUAUGCUCUGUCACUGGUCAACAACAAGAUCUCCAAAGUCCACCUGCGAGCCUUCACACCCCUCCUACGCUUAAAAAAGCUUUAUUUUUCCCGUAACCUCCUGACAGUGGUACCCAAGAACCUUCCCCCGUCCCUGGUGGAGCUGCGCAUUCAUGAGAACCGUAUUAAGAAGGUUGCAGAAGGAACGUUCUCUGGUCUGGGCAGCAUGAACUGCAUUGAGAUGGGCGGAAACCCUAUUCAGAACAGCGGCUUUGAGCCUGGCGCUUUUAAAGGCCUGAAACUCAACUACCUGCGCAUCUCUGAGUCCAAACUCACUGGAAUACCAAAAGACCUCCCUGACAGUCUUCAUGAGCUCCACUUGGACAAUAACCAGAUCCAAGCCAUCGAACUGGAGGACCUUAGCCGCUAUAAACACCUGUACAGAUUGGGUCUGGGUUUCAACCACAUCCGGAUGAUUGAGAACGGCAGCCUAUCAUAUGUCCCUAAUCUCAGGGAGCUGCAUUUGGAAAACAACCGGCUGAACCGCAUCCCCAUGGGUCUGCCAGACAUGAAGUACCUGCAGGUGGUCUACCUUCAUUCCAACAACAUAAGUCGAGUGGAUGUUAAUGACUUCUGCCCUCGAGGUUUCGGCAUGAAGAGGAACUUCUAUAAUGGCAUUAGCCUCUAUGGCAACCCGGUUAACUACUGGGAGGUACAGCCUGCCACCUUUCGCUGCGUUGGUGACCGAUUGGCCAUUCAGUUCGGAAACUAUAAGAAAUAGAGAAUGGAUGAAAACAGAGAUUUGGGGACAAAUACCAAUGCUGGAACUGAAACAGAACAGAAGACACUUGGAGAAAGUGGGCCAAAAUGGUGUCAACAAACAGUGUUUGCAAAUAAUUCUUAUUAUGUAUCUUUGGAUGUAUUCGUUUAUGAAUUUUAAAGUUAACACCAAGGAUGCUAACUAUAAUGAUAAAGAUAUAGUUUUAAAAAUGAAAUGAAAUUUAAAGAAUAAAAUGAAAAGAAUAGCACAGUCCAAACCACAACUAUAACGAAAACGGCACAGAGGAACAUUAUUUUUGGAAUCACUAUCAGACCGAUUGAUGACAGCCAAUCAGAAUCAACAUUAUAAAGAGAUCAAGCAUUUAAAGGGGCAGACAACAAAACUGCAGCAUGCUUUUAAUGAACAGAAUGUUAUUGGCUGUCGGUGUGGAUGCUAAUAUAGUUAUCGUUAUCUUUAUAGUCCUCAUAUAGUUGAUGUGAACUGACCUGAACGAGAAAAGGAAGGAGCAAUAAAAAUAAGUAAUGGAAAAAUCAAAAAGAAACUUGUGGAAUUUGAUCUCUUACAGUUGGCUCUAUUUACAAAACCAUAAUAAUGUUCAUUGUUUCGUAAGUGUUUUACAGUGAAUUCUUACCAUUAUCAGUUCACUUUUUAAGGGCUCUUUGUUUGCUUGACACUUUUAUAAUAGUAUUAUUGAUAUGUACUGUUAUAUUGCUAUUAUUUUAUAUUAGUUUAUGUUUUAUUAUUAAUAGUGAAGUUUGGAUGGGAUGUUGAAAUGGGAAGGUUGAAUCUAGAUGUUAAAUUCAUGGUGCUUAUAAUAAGUGUAUCUGUGUUGUUUGUAAAAAUUGUAGCUUUCUUUUUUCUCCUUUUUUGCCUUGCGUCCUUGCUUCAGGGGUCUUAUUGUUGUGGGAGUACUUUAGGGCAAUGGAGGAACUUUACACAGACAUAAUAUAAUUAUGUUGUCGAGUUUCAUUCAGCCAAAUGCCUCAUGUUCUUACCCAGCCCUUUUGGGUUCAAGACUGAUUCAGAAAAGGAUUGUAAUGUUAUGUUGUUUUGCACAGUUUCUCUAUGAAUUCCAAAUCUUUUCUUUGUAGCGUGUUGUUUUUCUCAUGUUUUCUUUGGCAGUGACCCUGCAUGCAUUUAGGCUACUGUGCCGCACACUACUGCAUGUUCCAGUAAAAUAUCUUUCAGCUUGACUUCAGGAGCAGAAGUGGUGUACCAUCAUGUUUUGAAAGCUGUGACUAAUAACAGUUAACACGAGUUUGAUGGGUUCAGUGAACAUUUGCAGUGCUCUUCUUGUUAAACAUGUGUCCUCCUUUCUCAAUAAAGCCAAAUAUUGAUUGAUUGCA